AUGACCAAGGAGUCCACUCCCCCUCCCACCACCGCCGAAUCCACUACUACUGCUGCUACUACUACGCAUCAACCUCCCUCUCUCCCCGCCUCUCCCCUCGCCAAACGCACCAAACCUAACACCGACGACACCGACGCCACGAAAAUGACCGUUCCUCCUACCGCCCAGCGUCUUCCUCCCCUUCUCGUCAAGAAGCUCACGGACACUGCCCGUGCCCCGACUCGUGGCUCUGCCUUCGCCGCCGGUUACGAUCUCUACAGCGCCAAGGCCACCGUCAUCCCCGCCAAGGGCAAAGCCACGGUCGACACGGGUCUGUCGAUUGCCGUGCCGGAGGGAACCUACGGCCGUGUUGCUCCCCGAAGCGGUCUCGCCGCAAAACAUUUCAUCGAUACCGGUGCCGGCGUCAUCGAUGCGGACUAUAGGGGCGAGGUGAAGGUGUUGCUAUUUAACUUCUCGGAUGUCGAUUUUACGAUCAACGAGGGGGAUCGGAUCGCGCAGUUGGUUUUGGAGAGGAUCUAUACCCCUGAGGUUAUGGUUGUGGAGGAGCUGGAGGAGAGCGUGCGUGGUGCUGGGGGUUUCGGAAGCACUGGUAACUAG